AUGGCCAAUAAGCGCAAGCGGUUGCUCGAGGAUUUUGAUCCCAACAAAUCCGACUCCGAGGACGAGAACUUUGAUCCCGCCGAGGUCCCCGUUAGACGAAGUUCCAAAAAGGCACGUCCCUCGCGUGGUUCCCGUCCUGGCCGCAGCAGGGGGCACCGAUACCGAGGUUCCGACAUAGACGAAGAUGACGAGGAGCUGUCGGACAGCCAAGAUGAAGGCUCUUUCGCCGAGUCCGAGUCGGAGGAAAACUCGGAUGCCCCCGUCAACGCCGCGGGCCGCCGGGUUCGAAAGGCCGCCCGCAGCCACAACACCUACAAGGAGAGCAGCGAGGACGAAGAGGUGGACCUGAAAGAUGACGAGAACGAAGACCCGAAGGAUGAAGACGACGACGAUGACCCGGAAACGAAACCAGAGCCGGGCGUGUCAACAUCCCGGAGGCUUGUCAGGCUCAAGGUUCCCAAGGCGGCUGCAGUGUCUGCCACUCGCAGAACAACGCGUGCAAGCACCGCCGAUGCCGAGGAGUUUGUUGAGCUUUCCAAUUCGGGUCGACACGCCGUCACGUCCCGCGACUCGCGCAGCAAGAGUCCGGAGACAUUUACCCGCAUGCGGCGGUCAUCCCGCGCCAUGAAAGGCCUCAAGAUCGCCCCUGAACCGAUAGAGCCGAUCCAGGAGGCGACCCAAGAGAGCAGUGCACCUGGUGUGCGCGAAGCGGAAGAUCCGGCUCCCAUGUCCCCAGCUCAUGAUCUCGUUGAACAGCCGAAGGGAGAUGACCAAGAGAUGAAUGACACCGCCAUGGCCAGUGAAAACGUCGAGGAAGCCCAAGAGGCGCCCAAGGCUGAAGCGGACUGCGACGACGACGACGACGACGACGACGACGUUCGUGCUAUCCGCAGGACGCGAGCUUCCCGCGCAGUUACCUCUAUCAACGAAGAGGGCGACUCGGAUGCUGAUGCCAAAGCGGCCCCCUCGCGGCGCUUGACACGUGGGUCCCGCGGCAAGAAGUCGACUCAGGAACCAAGUAGCGACUUUGAACCAGGCGAUGAAUCCGAGGAUGCAGAAAUGUCGGGCACCGACAAGGAGGGGAAGCAGCAGGACGACGACGACAGCCCCACGCCUCGAGGUAGGACGAAUCAGCAGAGGGCCCGUACCGCUGGCCGCCACGAAGACUCCGGAGACGAGGAGCCCGACUUCGACCUCGACGAGCUGAACGAGGAAGCUCGCGAGCUGCGCCAGUCGUCACGCCCACGACGCCGACAGAGGCACGAGUCCCCCAUUGUGUACCAAGAACCAACAAGGCGGGCUCGCACCAGGGUCAACUAUUACAUGCCGCCGUUGACCUCGGCAAACAUCGAGGAAGAGGAAGCUGCCGAUGCCGCGCCGACCCCAUCCCGGAAUCGCCGGGGGAGGGGCGGCGGCGGCUGGGAGCGCCAUCUCAACACCACCUUCGGCCCCUUUGGCGGCGGCGGCGGCGUUGGCUCCCUGCUUGCCGGUCCCUGGGGAACCGGUGCGGCGGGCGGAGCGGAUUCCGACAGCAGCGAUGACGAGAUGGUCCAUCGGUCGAGCGUUGCCGGCAACGUGGGCUUGACGCCCACCUCUGCUACGCCCGGCGGCUUUCUGCCCGGAGGUGCCGGUCUCAUGGCCGACAACGCCGGCACGGCGCCCAACGUCGGCAAGAUCAAGGAUCGCAAGGCGCUUGCGGACGCGGAUCCUCUAGGCGUCGACCUCAACGUCGACUUCAGCAAGGUCGGAGGUCUCCAGGGACACAUUGACCAGCUCAAGGAGAUGGUCCAGCUUCCGCUCCUCUACCCCGAGCUCUUCACCAAGUUUCACGUUACGCCGCCCCGUGGCGUCCUCUUCCACGGCCCUCCCGGCACCGGCAAGACGUUGCUCGCCCGCGCCCUGGCCAACUCGGUCGGCUCCGGGGGCAGAAAGAUCUCCUUCUACAUGCGCAAAGGAGCCGACGCGUUGAGCAAGUGGGUUGGCGAGGCCGAGAAGCAGCUGCGCCUGCUCUUCGAAGAAGCCAGGAAGACGCAGCCCAGCAUCAUCUUCUUCGACGAGAUCGAUGGACUGGCGCCGGUGCGCUCCAGCAAGCAGGAACAGAUCCACGCGUCCAUCGUCUCGACGCUGCUGGCCCUCAUGGACGGUAUGGAUGGCCGUGGCCAGGUCAUCGUCAUCGGCGCCACCAACAGACCAGACAACAUCGAUCCUGCUCUCCGUCGGCCCGGACGCUUCGACCGAGAGUUCUACUUUCCCCUGCCGGACUUGGAAGGCCGUCGAUCCAUCCUCGACAUCCACACCAAGGAUUGGGGCCUGUCGGAACCGUUCAAAGUCUCCCUCGCGGACAAGACAAAGGGCUAUGGCGGUGCCGACCUGCGAGCUCUGUGCACGGAAGCGGCGCUCAACUCGAUCCAGCGCACCUACCCCCAGAUAUACUCCUCUGGAGAGAAGCUCGUGGUCGAUGCGGACAAGAUCGCGGUCCAUGCGUCCGACUUUAUGAUUUCCAUCAAGAAGCUCAUCCCGUCGUCGGAGCGGUCCGCGACAUCCGGAGCGCAGCCCCUUCCGCGAUCCGUGGAGCCCCUGCUCCGUGCCCAGCUCGGCGAAGCAAAGCGUGCUCUUGAUCACCUGCUCCCUCGCAAGAAGAAGAUGACGGCGUUGGAGGAGGCCAUGUACGAGCAGUUCGACGACGACGACCACGGGUUCGGCCGCGAGGUAAUGCACCAGGAGUUUGAACGAUCUCGCGUCUUUCGGCCCCGAUUCUUGAUUUACGGGGUUCACGGCAUGGGCCAGACGUACAUCGCCUCGUCCCUGUUGCAUUACAUUGAAGGAGUUCAUGUGCAAAACUUUGACCUGCCGAGCCUGCUCGCGGACGGACGGUCGAUGGAGCAGGUCAUCGUCGGUCUCUUCACCGAGGUCCGCCGGCAUAAGCCCAGCGUCAUCUACAUCCCCAACAUCGAUGCUUGGUAUGCGACGUUGACGGGGACGGUGGCCCUCAUCACCUUCCAGACGAUGCUCCGAUCGAUUUCGCCCACGGACCCGGUGCUUCUGCUGGCCACGGCCGAGUGCGAAAAGGGGGAGCUCCCCGGCGAUCUGGUCCGCGACUUUUUCGGCUUCUCUCGCAAGAAUCGGAUGGAGAUUCCUCGGCCGGAGCGGGCAAACCGAAUGGAGUACUUUUCCGCAACGCUCGAGUACGUCAAGAAGAAGCCGGGCGAAUUCCCCGAUCCAGAGAACCGCAAGAGGCGCACUCUGGAAGAGCUACCGGUUGCUCCACCGAUCCAGCCCCGACCGCCGACCAAGGCGGAGAGGAAGAUGGUGCAGAAGAGGGACCACCAGCUGCUGAACGCGCUGAAGAUCCAGCUGCAGCCGAUCAUGGACCAGAUCAAUCGGAAGUACAAGAAACUUCGGCAACCGGUCAUCGCGCAGGCCCAGAUCGACUACUUGUUCUCGGAAUCGGACCCUAACUUUGUCCGACCCGACAUUGCGCAGGAGUUGGAUCGCGUGCAUCGGCCGUACGAGAUCGUCAAGGACAAAAAUGGGCACGACAUCUUGCGUUGCACGUCGACGGGGAAAAGCUACUACAACUUGGAGACGACGACGAUCGAGGAGCGGCUGUCCAACGGCUACUACGCGCGCCCGCAAGACUUUCUGUUCGACAUCAAGGCGCUCGCCAAGGAUGCAAAGAACAUCGGCGACAAGGAACGAACACUAAAGGCCAACGAGCUGCUGAGCAACGUCGAGGUGGACGUCGCGAGCAUCGAGAUCGGAACCGGUCACGUCGACUGGGAGGCCCUCUACCAACGGCAGAUGCAGCGGGCCAAGGAGUCGGCGGAGAAGGAGCGGAAGCAGAAGGCGAUGCAGUCCAUCACGGACGCGUUCCAGUCCGAGCAGGCGGGCGGCAACGACAGCGACGCAGCGGGUCCCGUGAUGCUGGGAGAGCCCGUACCCGGAUCGCGGACCACGGCUCGUUUCCGGCUGCGCAGCCCGAUGGUGAACGGCCAGAGGGAGGCGAGCGAGCCGGGGCCGGCGGGCGAGCCGGUGCCGCAUGGCGUCGGCAACGGCAUGCCCGAGCCUUCGGAAGCGCCAAAGGGUGACGUGCGGAUGAGCGGCCUCGACGAGGAGGUGAGCGGGGCACCGACGCAGCCAUCGUUGGCGAUGGGACCACCGGCCAAGUCGUCCGAGGAGGAACCCGUGACGACCGCCGGCGGCAUGACGCAGAUUUCUCAAAGGUCGGCCGUCACGUCACUGCCCGCGGGGGUGUCUCCUUCGGCGGUGCUGAACGAUGCAUCGACGACCAAGACGUCGGAUGCGUCGACUCACCACCGGUCGUCCAACUGGAGCACACAGCUCACCAACGGCCUGGCGGGCGAGAGGCGCAGCCACGGGCAGGGCAACGACGGCGACACGACGGACAUCCCGGACACGCUGCCUCCGCAGAGCCAGGUGACGAGCAGCGACGACAUGUGGCCGCACUCGCAGGCGCACGGGCUCGCGCGAGGCAACGCCGGGCCGAGUCCCCUAUCCUCGCCGUCGCAGGCGCGGAUGGGAGAGGCUGGAUCGCGCAGCGCAGGCGCUCCGGCGCGGUCCCAGGAGGUGCAGGUGGACGAGGAGGCGCAUCUGCGGAACAUGGGGUCGUCGGCGUCUCAGCCCCUCUCGGUCGAGGGCGCCGUGGAGAACUUCUUGGUCGAGGUGACGGACGGCACGUCCGGAUGCACGAUCGAGCAGCUCGAGCAGAUCAACCGGGAGCUGAUGGACGAGAUUUGGAGCAGCCGACACGAGUGGAACCGGAUGAAGGUGCUCGGGCACGUGACGAAAGUGUUUAACGAUACGAUUGGCGAGAUUGAAGUGAUGCAAGGGAUGGCCCCGGCGAGCCAAGAAUGA